UUUCGCCCACAACCUUUCACCUGGGGGGUCAGAGAGCCGUCAAUGGACUCGGGAAGCAAAUGAGAGCUGUUGUUGUUGUUGCUUGUGUGUUGAAUUACAGAUACGUCUGGUGACUGUCGGCUGAAGGCUUUUCCCCGGCGGAUGAAUGGCGGUGAGCGCAGCCAGAGCGGCGGCCGCGGCAGCCGCGGCGGCGGGGGGGCCGGCGGCUCUGUCCCGCUUCAGGGGGGCGCUGGUGGCGGCCGUGCUGGGCGACUGCGUCGGGGGAGAGUUCGAGGGAGCGGAGGAGGUGCCGAUGGAGAGCGUGCUGCAGCACCUGAGCAGCCUGGACGACGAAACCAAGGGCAACGGUAUACUUGAAUACAGUGAUGAUACUGCCAUGGCACGCUGUGUGGUUCAAUCUCUACUCACCCGGGCUGGAUUUGAUGAGCAGGACAUGGCUCGCAGGUUUGCUAAGGAAUACAGUGCCUCCCCAGGCCGGGGUUAUGGUUCUGGCGUGAUCCAGGUCCUGAAGAAGCUCUCGUCUCCUCAGCUCAACGACGUGUAUCAGCCGGCCAGAGAUCAGUUUAAUGGUCGAGGAUCUUUUGGGAACGGAGGAGCUAUGAGAGCAGCCCCUUUUGCCUUGGCUUUUCCAGACAUGGCUGAUGUUAAACGGUUUGCGCGUCUGGGUGCCAUGCUGACACACUCCUGCUCAUUAGGCUACAACGGUGCCGUGCUGCAGGCGCUGGCCGUCCACCUGUCGCUGCAGGGGGCGCUGGACCUGCCGCAGCAGUUCAUAAGCAGGUUAAUCACAGAGAUGGAAGAAGUGGAGUGUGAGGAAGCGGCGCUCAAUGAUGCCAGAAUCCUGAAGGAAGCAGAGAAGCCUUUCUGUGAGCGUCUUCAUAGGGUUAGAGACCUGAUGGACCGGAGCAAGGUCAGCAUAGAGGAAGUCAUCUCUGAACUUGGUAAUGGCAUCGCAGCACUCCACUCAGUCCCCACUGCUAUCUUCUGCGUGCUCCACUGCCUGGAGCCCCGCGAGAGCCUCCCGGAGAGUUACGGCGGCCUGGAGAGGACGAUAGCGUACAGCCUGGCCCUGGGAGGAGACACGGACACCAUAGCCUGCAUGGCCGGGGCCAUCGCGGGGGCUCACUACGGGAUCGAGACCGUUCCUCCGUCCUGGAUACGGUGCUGCGAGGGGGCCGAAGAUGCUGACGUGAACGCAGAGCGGCUUCACAUGCUGUACCACCAGUCCUCGCCGGGGGCCACGGGCGAGCCGGAGCGGCAGAGGAACGGGUCGGAGAAAAAAAACGGAGCAGAAUGACGGCUCGGCUGGACUUUAACACGCGGACUCUUAAGAGACACACAUUUAGGAAACAUAAGAGACAUUAAUGUUUUCAGUUUCUGACUUCUUCUGAUGUUGGAAAAACCUUUUUGGACGCAGCCAGUGUUAAGAUUUAAAUGCUUGCAGUAGUAAAGUGCUUGUUUUCAAACUGUCCAUAUAGUUUGUCAAGUGACUAAAAAUGAUAACUGCAGCACAAAAAAAAAAAGCAUUAUGUCAAAUCCUUAUUUGAAGAAUGUGGCAGAUCCCAGGAACGCCUCCACGAACUCCAGUCAAACAUGAAUUUAAAUAGUACAUUAAAUUGUAAAUUAUCUUCCCUGUUGUUGCAUAUUUUGUGCUGAUGUGCUGAACAAUCUUUAGUCUUAAGAAAGUCUGUGUAAACUGGACAUGUCUUGUUCUAUCCCUUUUGAUGGUUAUUAAACAUUUUCUUUUAAAUCGUA